AAGUUUCCUUGCCUGAAAAUUUACUCCUCAUCAUCCUCAUCACACCGUCUUCAUCGUCACGAUCCCUCUCAGUAAUUUUAAAAUCAUCGUCUCCAUUUCUUCGACAACGACGAUUACAUCACCGUCACGCAACGUCAAUGGCUGCGAUUGGUCACAGCAAUCUCAAUGCGAAACUCGUUCUGCUGGGCGACAUGGGCGCUGGGAAAUCCAGCCUCGUCUUGCGUUUUGUCAAGGGCCAAUUUCACGAAUUUCAGGAAUCGACUAUAGGUGCGGCGUUUUUCUCGCAGACGCUGGCGGUGAACGAUGCGACAGUGAAGUUUGAGAUAUGGGACACGGCGGGGCAAGAGAGGUACCAUAGCUUGGCGCCAAUGUACUACAGAGGCGCUGCUGCAGCUAUUAUUGUCUAUGACAUUACUACUUCUGAGUCAUUUACUCGAGCUAAGAAGUGGGUGCAGGAACUCCAGAAGCAAGGGAACCCUAACAUGGUAAUGGCCCUUGCUGGUAACAAAGCUGAUCUAGAAGACAAAAGGAGCGUAACAUCUGAAGUAAGUAGCAAUUUUCUAUCACUCAUUCUACUUGUUGGCAUGGAGUUUCUUUUGUAUUAAUUGUCUUUUUAGUUGUGCUGUUACUUUAUGAGUUUUAAUCUGUUUUUUGGUUAAGGGUGCAGACCCUCCUUAUCUUUAUGUUGAUGGCAUUAUUGUAACAUCUUGUGGACAAAAUGGCCCAUAACAGUAACCUUCUCUUGAAACUGAAGAGAGGACAUUUAUGUUUUCACUAAUUUUCCUCUUUUCUUCAUUUCCUUUCCUGGUAGAAAAAAGUUCUUUGGAGUAUAAUAGAAAAGAUAAGAGAGAGAGAAAGAUGAAUAGAAUAUAAAACAUGGAAAAAAUCUUUGAACUGUUUUCUGAAGUAGUUUAUUGAAAUAGAUUUUGGUAUUUCUCAUCUGUGAAAUUUUUUCUUUACCUAUAGCUAUUCAAACGUGUUUUUGGACAAAUAACGGUGUUCUAUACUUGUCUCUCGAAACACGAUUUUGAGAACAGAAUUAAAGACUUAUGAAAAGAUGUCCCACGAAUCAGAUCCAAGGGCCUACCAGCAUAGAAUGUGAACAUAACUGCAUUAGUUUAGAUUAUCGCUAUGCUACUACAUCGACGUAUUUAGUUUUACCUUUCCUAAGUUGUUAUUGUCUAUAACAGAAGCAAUGUAACACCCCGUUUUUUUUUUCUUAACGGUGUACGAUAAAGCACCCAUACAACACAA